CCAAGUGAUCACCAAGCAUGGAGCUCCUCUUGUUUUGCACAACAGUUUUCAUCCUCAUCAUCUCCUCUCUAUACCUCUUAGGCCUCUUGGCCGGCCGUCGUCGCAAGCUGCCCCCGGGUCCUUGCCCGCUGCCACUCGUCGGCAACCUCCUCUCCCUGGGCGCACUACCACACCGCACCCUCGCGCGCCUCGCAGAGCGCCACGGCCCGAUCAUGGCGAUCCGCCUAGGCACGGUAACCACCAUCGUCGCCUCCUCCCCAGAUGCCGCCCGUGACAUCCUCCAGCGCCAUGACGCAGCUUUCUCGGGGCGCUCCAUCCCAGACGGCACCCACGUGUUUGCGCACAACACACACUCCAUGGGCUGGCUUCCGGCCAGCAGCCCCCGGUGGCGUGCCCUACGCAAGGUGUGCUCAGGUGAGCUCUUCGCGCCGCACCGUCUCGACAUGCACCAGUCUCUGCGCCAGGAGAAGGUGCAGCAACUCGUCUCCCACGUGACGCAGCUGGCACGAGAGGGCACACCCGUUCGCGUCGGCCGCCUCGGCUUUACAACUGCACUUAACCUGCUCUCCUCCACCAUCUUCUCAACCGAGCUAGCCGUCCUCGACGACCGCCAUGUCAAGCCUUCGGACUUCAAGGACAUGCUCGCAGAGCUAAACAUGACCGUCGGAUUGCCAAACCUAUCGGACUUCAUCCCUGAAGUGGCGUGGCUAGACCUGCAGGGCCUGAGGAGACGCAUCGAGGGCUUGUUCACGCGGCUGCAUGCCAUGAUCGCCGAGCGGAUCGAGCGUCAGAUUCGGGACCACGCGGCCGCCGCAGGUGAGGCGCCCAAGAAAAACUUCCUGGACGUGCUGCUUGAGUAUCGCAACACCGACGAUGACCGGGGCUUCGAGCGCCAGACGCUCCUCUCAUUGAUUUCGGACUUGUUCAGCGCCGGGACGGAUACAAGUUCAGCCACCGUAGAAUGGGCGAUGGCAGAGCUGCUACUGAAUCCAUCAUGCAUGUCGAGAGCCCGCGAAGAGCUCGACCAAGUGAUAGGCUCUAAAGAGCACGUUGAGGAGUCCGACAUCGGACAGCUCAAGUACCUCCAAGCCAUCGUGAAGGAGACGUUCCGUCUACAUCCUCCGGCGCCGUUCCUGCUGCCGCACGUGGCGGAGAGGACGACACAGGUCCGGGGAUACACGGUUCCCCAGGGCGCGCGCAUUCUGGUGAACGUGUGGGCCAUUGGACAUGACGGCAAGGUAUGGUCCGAACCGGAAAAGUUCAUGCCGGAGAGGUUCCUGGAGAAGGAGGUGGACUUCAAGGGCCGAGACUUCGAGCUCCUGCCCUUUGGGUCCGGGAGGAGGAUGUGUCCGGGGUGGAUGCUGGCCGCUCGCAUGGUUCAUCUCAUGCUCGCGUCCUUGCUGCAUCGCUUUGAGUGGAGGCUUCCCGUACAUGUGGAGAAGAAGGGGCUGGACAUGGGUGAAAGGCUUGGGGUGAACUUGUCCAUGGCUACGCCCCUUGAGGCUAUAGCCACGCCAGUUUGAUAUGAUCGUCAUCGUACUUAAUUUGCAGCUGGCGUUGUCGCAUGGGAACAUCAUCAAGAUGCGUAAAUAAGGAGCAACCAGAAGAGUUUGCCUUAUACUACUGCUAUACUAGUGAAAAGGUAGUAGCUAGGGUAUAUGAGCUUGUGUUACGAACGUACUCCCUCCGUUUUAUAUUAGUUGUCACUGAUUUAGUUGCGACCUAGAGUAUAAAGUUGUAUUAAAUCAGCGACAACUAAUAUGGAACGGAGGGAGUUUGCUUUAUAUUAUUGCUAUACUAGUGAAAAGGUAGUGGAUAGGAUAUAUGUGCUUGUAUUGUAAACGUACUCCCUUCGUUUUAUAUUAGUUGUCGCUGAUUUAGUAGCGACUUACUAUAAAGUUGUAGUAAAUCAGCGAGAACUAAUAUGAAACUGAGGGAGCAGUAUUGCAUUACAGAUGGUCAAAACA